AUGGAAAUCUUUAGAGCCCAUUCAGUCAUCUUGAGGGCCAGAUCAUUACACUUUCGCACUUUGUUUUCAAGUAAUUUGGUGAAACGAGACCAGGAUAAAUAUUUUACAUUUGUUGAACCUCACAUUUCACCCAAUGUGUUCAAACACAUUCUCAAGUAUAUCUACACGGGUAUGUGCGAUUUGGAGAAUUGCGGUUCCCUCAUAGAACUACUGGUGGCAGCCGAUGAAUUGAUUCUCGAUGGAUUCGUUAAACACAUUCAAAAUUAUAUAAUAUCAAAUAAACCUUCUUGGUUACAUGAAAACCUCGUGAGACUUUUUCAAAUCUCAUCAAAACAUGAAUCUUUCUCUGAACUCCGAGAAGCUUGUGGUCAGCAAAUAAGUCGAAGUCCCGAUUCGAUACUGAGAUCAACCGAUAUCGGCUACCUGGAGAGACACACUCUUCUCACUUUCAUCAAACGUGAUGACAUCGCCACUGACGAAAUUAAUAUUUGGAACGGUGUAAUAAAAUGGGGCAUGAGUCAGGACCCUAAACUUGAUGACAACAUCGAGAGUUGGACUAACGGUGAUUUUGAAGAGUUGAAAAUCAGAAUUCAAGAUUUCUUUCCUUACAUCAGAUUUUUUACUAUACCCGGUAAACUUUAUUAUGAACACAUUAGACCAUUUAAAUCAAUCCUGCCAAAAAGCCUUAAAGAAAGACUCAAGAAAUUCUAUUACCUUGGAGGUAUCGAUCCACCACCCGAGGAACUUCCUUUACGAGUUUGCCGUCACAUUCCGGAUUCGAAGUUGAUUGACGCUACUCAUCUUUCAUUGAUCUCCAGUUGGAUCAACCGCAAAGAAUAUAAUGAAAAACUUAACAUCAUCCCUUACGAAUUCAAAUUGUUGAUCAGGGGUAGUCGUGAUGGAAUGCAAAUUCGGGAAUUUCAUCGUCGGUGUGAUAAUAAAGGGGCCACAUUAAUUAUAGUGAAAGUCGCUGGCACUGGAAACAUCGUCGGAGGGUAUAAUCCAUUACCUUGGACAUCUACUCAUCGAUGGUUAUUCACUACCGAAAGUUUUAUUUUUUCCUUGGGCAUAGACGGAAAAGGAGUGGACGGGAAAGGCAUCAAAAAUUCUAUAUUAAGCAGGGUGACAAAAUAUGAUGAGGCGAUAUUUGAUGGAAACGACACAUCUGCGAACUUUGGAUUCGGAUAUGACCUGUGGUGGUUCGGUGGUCGGGGGGAUAAUAAGAACUAUGAGAAAAAGAUUUUGGAUGGCAUCCAAUUUGCGACCGAGGAUUAUGAAGCAUUCGAG